AUGGUGCGCUUGUCGCAAAUGCCACUGGGCGUUGGCCUGACGCUAUUGGCAGCCGUCAAUGUCGCCGCAGUCCCCUCUGUGACCGUGGAUAUGAAGGCCGCCUUCCCGUCUGGUCCCUAUCUCCUUGAGCUGCUCGAAACCGCUGCGGGCGAAAAUGCAACCGCCUACUUCCCUCUCCUCGACCGCAUUGCCGACGGGCAUUUCAGCGAAGCUAAGACUGACAAGGAAGUCUACGACAAGUUCCUACGUACCCUGAAUGAGGAUGGACACAUCACCACACCGGACUCUUUGUCUACAUUUAAGCUGGCCCUUUCCCUUAGAACCGCCGCUCCCCGUAUCGAAGCCCACUAUCAAUACUACCGAACCGCCGUCGAGCCCAAGCUCGGAACCGAUGCUCGAGAUGGCUGCGAAGUCUGGACCGAGCAUGGAGGGAAACAGUAUUGCACACCGUCUCUGGAAAGCCCAAAGGAUUCGACUUUGGACGGCGCAAAGGUGCUCCCUUUCGACCGAAUUCUGGGAUCUGGCAAGGAGGCCAUCCUAUACGCAGAUCCGACUUCGUCUGCUUUCGGUUCAUUCCACAACGCUCUGGUGCAAAAAGCUCGCAGCGGAGAGCUCGAGUACCGCCUGCGUUAUACAAAAUCGGCUGGCAAGUACGAGGAGCCUCUGCCGGUCAGCGGAUACGGAGUCGAGUUGGCCUUGAAGAGGACCGAUUACAUCGUUAUUGAUGACCGAGAGGCGCAUCAGGAUGACUCGCAGAAGAUCGUGAAGACUGAAGAAGUCUUGGAUGCUGCCGAGGAGGUGGCUGAUCUCAAACCGCUAUCAAAGUCCGAGGUACAGGAACUUGGUCUGAAGGCUGCAUCGUUUGUUAUGCAGAGCCAGAACCCCUUUGAGACGCUCCUCAAGCUGUCGCAAGACUUCCCGAAGUUCUCAACCUCCAUCGCUGCCCACAAUGUGUCUGCCGAAUUCCUCGCUGAGCACCAACUGAACCGCCAGCAGUUGAUUCCUAGUGGCAUGAACGUGCUGUGGAUGAACGGAGUGCAGCUCAUUGAGCGUCAGAUUGAGGCAUUCACAAUUAUUGAUCUCCUUCGCCGCGAACGCAAACUUAUCGACGGUGUUCGUGAUUUUGGCUUCACAGGCGGCCAAGCUGUUUCUCUACUGGGUCAUCCCAAGGUUGCCGAGUCCAAAGCGGAUGAGGAGCCACCGCGCUUUGACUGGACGGAUGACAUUGAGGAGGAGCAGGUCAUCAUGUUCCUCAACGACCUCGAGAAAGACGAGCGUUAUCAGGACUUCCCUGAUCAAUUGACAUCGCUCCUUCAGCGUGUCUACCCUGGCCAGCUGCCUCCUAUCAGGCGCGAUAUUUUCAAUCUCAUCAUCCCUAUUGACUUCUCCAAGAUGGAAGACCUCAGCGUGGUGGCUCAGAUGAACACCUUCGUCCAGCGAAAGCUUCCCAUCCGCUUCGGUUUAGUUCCUCUGACACCCACUGAGGAUGCCUUCCAAAUCAGCAAGGUCCUAUACUAUCUCCUCGACAACUACGGCUUGGAUGUCUUUAUCGACUAUCUUGAUGCUGCCAUGCAGGAUUCCAAGACAGAGAAGCCGGAUCAAAGCUCAUUUGACAAGGCGAUCAAGGGUCGUGAGCCUCUGCCGGAUUCCAAGAUACUUUCUUUCGCCGAAGUGUUGCAGUCAGAUGAGCUUGACAAUGUGGUGAAGCUGGCUAAGAGCUGGGCAAAGAGAUUGGGCGCCAACACGCCCAUUCCGCCCGUCUUUAUCAAUGGCAUUCCGGUACCUCGUGAUAACAAUUGGCUUCAGGCCAUGAGCAUGAAGGCUUCCAGUGACUUGCAAUCCAUCCAGCGCGCAGUCUAUCUCGGUAUGGUUGAGGAGAAGAGCUGGAUUCCUGAUUUCUUCCUCGAAAAGGCUGUGAAGCGUCGCAACACCUACAUCUACCCAGAAGACGAGAAGUCUCUUCAGGUACUCGACGUCAACAAGAUCUACACCGAGCACGAUGGUCUCUUCAGCAAGAUCCCAGUUAUUGAGGCGUUUGCAGACUCAACAAAAGAAAAUUGGGCUGUGUUGACUGUUGUGGGCGAUUUCACCUCGGAUGAAGGAACAAACCUUCUACUUUCAGCUUUGGCUUUCCGUCGUAGCAACCCUGGCGUGCGACUGGACGUUGUCCAUAAUCCUUCAGCAUCUGCCUCAGCCUCGAGUGUAAACGCAGCAUUGAAGAAUGGCGGUGAGAAGUUUGCCGAGGCUGAGACUCUAUCCGACAUCAAAAACCUCCUCAAUGCCGCCACUAGUGAUUCGGAUGCAAUUUUCACGGCUGACUUCAACGAGUUCCUAUCCUUCGCGGCAAUCAAGCCAGGAUCCAACCUCCUCAUUCUCAAUGGGCGUAUAAUUGGACCUUUCACUCAAGAUGAUCCCUUCCAAGGCGAUGACUUCCAGUACCUCUUGGAGUUUGAGCAGAACGCCCGCAUUCUCCCCGUCUACGCAGCAGUGGAUGAACUUGGACUGACAGAUAAGAUUUCUGGCCCGCUGGCAGCUGCUAAGAUCACGUCAGUCACGGCGCUGUCAACCAUCUCUGAUCUCCCUGCUGGCAUCUUUGAGUCUGCGCCAUCGUUACGCGUCAGCGCCCACGAUACUUGGAACUCGACUUUCACUGCCAUUGAAAUUGGAAACCCCGAGACGUCGAGUAUCCAUCUGGUCGGUGUUCUCAACCCUGCCAGUGAGCAGGCGCAACGGUGGGCGCCUAUCCUCAAGGUCGUCUCCGAGCUGGAAGGCGUGUAUUUGAAGCUCUUCCUUAACCCGAAGGACAAGAUUGAUGAGCUGCCUGUCAAGAGAUUCUUCCGAUAUGUACUUGAGUCAGAGCCGACAUUCGAUGAAGCUGGCAAGGUUCGUGCACUUGAGGCGUCCUUCAAGAGCUUGCCCUCCGAGGCUCUUCUUAACGCCGGUAUGGACGUUCCGCCAUCCUGGCUCGUUGCGCCGAAAGUCUCGCCCUUCGACCCGGACAAUAUCAAGCUGAGCUCCAUCAAAUCCAACGUGCACGCAUCCUAUGAGCUCGAGAGUAUUCUCAUUGAAGGACAUUCUCGUGAGGGCGGACAGUCACAACCUCCCCGCGGUGCGCAGGUCGUUUUGGGUACCGAGAAGGAACCUCACUUCGCCGAUACUCUGAUCAUGGCCAAUCUUGGAUACUUCCAAUUCAAGGCGAAUCCUGGCUUUUAUAAUAUCAAACUGAAGCAGGGAAGGAGCACCGACAUUUACACCAUCGAUAGUAUCGGUGCAAAGGGAUGGGCUCCUGUGCCGGGCGAUGAGGGCACUGAGGUGGUGCUGAUGGAUUUCCAGGGCACCACCUUGUACCCUCGUCUGUCACGCAAGCCAGGUCAAGAAGAGGCUGAUGUGCUAGCCGAGCCCGAGGACAACAGUAUUGUCGGCCGAGGCCUCAAGUUCGCUGAAGGCAUCCUGGGCAAGAAGAAGUCCGUGUCUGACGAGGAGCACGCCGAGAUCAACAUCUUCUCCGUCGCCAGUGGCCAUCUCUACGAGCGCAUGCUCAACAUCAUGAUGGUCAGCGUCAUGAAGAAUACCAAGCACACGGUCAAGUUCUGGUUCAUUGAGCAAUUCCUGUCUCCCUCGUUCAAGGACUUCAUCCCGCACAUGGCCAAGCAGUACGGAUUCAAGUACGAGAUGGUCACCUUCAAGUGGCCGCACUGGCUGCGUCAGCAAAAGGAGAAGCAGCGCGAGAUCUGGGGCUACAAGAUCCUCUUCCUCGACGUGCUCUUCCCCCUAUCCCUCGAUAAGGUCAUCUUCGUCGACGCAGACCAGAUCGUCCGCACCGACAUGAUCAGCCUCGUCAACCACGACCUCGAAGGCAAACCCUACGGCUUCACACCCAUGUGCGACUCCCGCACCGAGAUGGAAGGCUUCCGCUUCUGGAAGCAAGGGUACUGGGCAAACUACCUCCGCGGUCAGCCCUACCACAUCUCGGCCCUGUACGUCGUCGAUCUCCGCCGCUUCCGCGAGCUCGCCGCCGGCGACCGUCUGCGCCAGACCUACCACUCCCUCAGCGCCGACCCCAACAGUCUGGCCAACCUGGACCAGGACUUGCCCAACCACAUGCAGUUCCAGAUUCCCAUCCACAGUUUGCCGCAGGAGUGGCUGUGGUGCGAGACAUGGUGCUCCGACGAGAGUCAGCGCGAGGCAAAGACGAUUGAUCUCUGCAACAACCCGCAGACCAAGGAGCCCAAGCUCGACCGCGCCCGUCGCCAGGUCCCCGAGUGGACCGUCUACGAUGACGAGAUCGCCGCUCUCGACCGCAAGCGCAAGGGUUUCCCCGCCGAGGUGCCCAAAAAGGAGGAGCAGCCCAACGUGGUCGGCGAUUCCGAGCAGAAACCCGUUGUUGCGGAGGAGGAGAAGAACACCAAGAGUCGCAAUUGGGAGGAGCCGCCCUCGGAACAGACGCAUGUUAGAGACGAGCUAUAA